GUUCGAUGUAACUCCCGACUUCUCUCGCAGUCACCGUCUGCAAUGCUCCUCGCUGCUGCUGCCUGACGCUUCGACCCUCUCUACGCAGCGUAGACGAAAUCUCCAUGUCCAGGGCCGUCAACGUUCCACUUGCGUCUGACAACCGAGAGGAGCCCUUCGCCGAGGCCCGAAAUGCAGAAGACGGCCAAGCGCAAUCCCGUCAGGCCAGCACCGUCGAGAAGGUGCUCAGCUCGGGAGAGCCGUCACAGGACAAUGACAGCCCUCCCCCACGCCGCAGCGAUGUAGGCAACGUCCUCGCGCGACACUCUUCGGUCAGGGACGCAGACUCUCUUGCGUCGAUCGACCGGCCUCCGAGCGAGGAGGAGAACCUCCCGCCAUCGAAGAUAUACGAGCCGCUGUCGUUCCCGGUGCUUGCGCUGCUGAUGCCCGCGUCGAUAUUUGGGGUGCUAGCCAGGCUGGGACUACAGGCCAUCACUGCUUACGACGGCAAAGAGAUAUUCCCGCUUGCUUGGGUGCAAGGGGCUGGCUGUCUUGUGAUGGGAUUCGCGCUAGGGCUGAAGGAGCCUAUAGGGCAGUUUUAUGGACCACUAUACACUGCUAUCACGACCGGCUUCUGUGGGUCGCUGACCACUUUCUCGGGGUGGCAAGUCGAUAUUUUCGAGUCCUGGAUUAACGGCACUGCCUCCCACCGGGACUGGCUCCGAGACGCCAUAGACGGCGCCGGGAAGACCGUAUUCACCUUCGCCAUCUCCCUAUCCGCCAUCUCCUUCGGCGCCCACCUCUCCAAGCUACUCCUGCCCUACGUCCACACCCCCCGGACGCCGUCACGACCGGUCCGCUACACCCUCUCCGCGCUCGCAGUGCUCGUCUACGCCGCGGCGUACCCCGCCUACUUCCGCAUGUCGCCCCGCUUCCGGCAUGAAGCGACCGCCGCGCUCCUCUUCUCCUUCCCGGGCACGCUCUCGCGCUACCUGCUCUCGCUCUCGCUCAACCCGCGCCUCAAGCUCUUCCCCCUCGGCACGUUCGCUGCGAACAUGGUCGGCACCGCGCUCCUCGGCACGUUCCAGGUGCUCCGGAGCAUCCGGCAUCCAGGGCCGCUCAGCGCGAACGCCUGCAACGUCCUCCAAGGGCUCGCCGACGGGUACUGUGGGUGCCUGACGACCGUCAGCACGUUCGCGGCGGAGGUCGAUGCCUUGCCUCCGCGUCGGGCGUGGUUGUAUGCCGUCCUUAGUUGGCUGACGGGCCAGGUUCUCCUCGCUAUCAUCCUAGGGCCGUCCAUCGGAGUGGGACAUGUCAGCAGAGAGAUUACCUGUCGGUUCUGAAGAAUAGAUCACCCUAUCAAUUUAGAGAUAUAGCGCAUCCGUUCACAACAUGACCUGGAGGCGUUCAGCCAGCGAGGGGCGGCACGCGACACAAACUAUGGAAAGAGGUGUGCAAAUGUAAUGUAUUUUAUGUUGCGACUAGACACGAUGCGAAUACCCCAGAAAGUAAUAUACAAGUCGUCGGUGUUUGGUGACUACAGAAUGGCCGCGAGCCCAUCCGCGAAGGCUGUGGCCAGCCCUACGUACGCGAAUCCGAAUAAUCGAACCAAUAAUCAAAGCGGCAAGAAAUGAUGUGGACUGGUAGGCAAGAACGAUGCGAGAUAAAGCAACAGAAUGCGAAGUGAACCAAGUAUGUGGUGGAUGAGGCUGGACGGCGCAAGACGGAACCAAAAAGACAUCGCGGCGGGACUGCAGGCUAGGUAUGUAUGCAGCAGGGGAGCAGUAUGGCGGUAUGUGAACGGAUAAAUAAACGAAGCACUGUGCAGAUGCGUACGGUGCGAGGGAAAAUUAGGAUAUAUGCAGGACUGCUUGCAAGCGUAAAGUAACAGAACGCCGCUAUGACCGGUGAGAAGGUGCCAAGGGCUAUGCGGAAGGACCCAUAAGAUGUGGGAGUAUGCGUACGGGUACUGCGACGGCAGUGCGCAAGUUUGCACAGCCGUCGGAACAGCGUGGCAGAGGAGUAGGAGGAAAGGCCAAGGGCGUGGUCGUCUAAGUGUCAUUACGGUGGUGUCGUCAUUAGUUGUAGCGUCGUGGAUAUGGCGUAGAAUCCAUUGCGGUGCGAUGCAUAGCAAUAGCGUGAAAGUCUAUUUGCAGGAAAGCAACCAGAUGAUAUGCAACAGAUUAACCCGUCAGAACUGCUGGGGAGGCACGACAGCGGGGCUGGUACCUCGCAGCGUAAACCAGGAUAGGUCUCCCGUUCGACAGACACGAACGGCAUUCGCGUGAACGGGCGCCGCUAGAUGAGCCAUCAAGGCCAUUCACAGCGGUAGGCUUUCCUUCUCCCUGACAAGGAUCUCGAGCUCCCUUGCAUCCCUAGCUAUGGCACGCGACCGGGAUCCGGAGCGGAUUCGGCUCCUCCACUCCUUGACCCACGCCCAACGCUCUUCCGUGGCCUGCUGUUCCUCGGGCGUCUCUUUUGACAGCCAUGCCCGUAGCCGGUUCCGGCCGAGGAUAGGUGCGAGGGAGAGGAAUGACAGGACGGCCAGCUUCAUGACGAUUUCGGGUGACGUCAAGAUAGACUGCACCGAUUGUGAGGUGGGGCGGGGGUUCGUCGCCAAGGUCUGGAGAAUAUCGCCUAUCUGGCAGGUCACGGCUGUCCACGGCAGGGAUCCAAUCAAGGCACCGAGGAAGCAAUCCCAGACGGCGACUCCACAGACACCACAUGCUAUGUUUAUGCCCGACCAAGGGACGACGCCGAUGAGCCGGAGGACAGACAAUCGUACCCAUGCGGGGGAGCUGUUGUCCUUGGAGGAGUCCCCACCUUCCAGCACAGAGCGCGUCAUCGCCAGCGGGCGGGGGAAGAACUGCGUCAGGAACGGUCCGAGCGGAGCGGCGAGGGCACUGGCUGACAGCGACCCCAGGGUGGUGAGGAAUGUCAGGAGUACGAUGGAGAGCGCCGCCGGGAAGAGCGCUCCUGCGAGCACGUUCGCUAACACGCUCCCAGGUAUAGACCAACUGUGCAUCCAAAUAGUGACUACGGAGAUGACGCCUACGACAUGCGCAAUGGAGAAAAGGCCGCUCUGCGUAUAGCCAUGCAAUUCUCUGCCGAGCUGCGCGAGAUCGGGCAAGGUCCGCGGCCAAGCCGAAGUGAUGGGAAGAGUCGACAUGCAGAACACGACCAGCGCGCUCGAUAAUGGGAACAUAAUCAGCACGAGAAGCACCGGCGUGUGGACCUGUAAGAUGCGAACAGCGACGACGCGAGAACAAUCAACCAAGCAUCACGCGAGCGACUCGGGAGAAGACGCACUGAUGGAUGCCCUUCCCACAGACGCCCCUUCGCCUUCGCUUGUGGCUUCUCCGGGAAUGAGACGUCCCCAAAGUACGACCGCGUUGGGGAUGAGGACAUGGGGAGGAUGGACGAGUCAUCCGUGCUCGCGCGACUGUGAAGAGGGGAUGAUGGGGUCGACGGAAAGCUUUGCUCGGCGGAGAGAUGGAGCGUGUGCGCCCAGCGGCUGACCAUAGAUACCAAUUUCGACGGCGGCGAGGGUAUCUCUCGUGGAGACCGUAGCGGAGGGAUGGAGAGGGAGAGCGGGGGGAAGUCGCGUGCGCUCCGGGGGGUAGGAGGGAUGGGCGACAGACCGGGCUCACCGGUAGAUGGUCGGUCAACAAGAGAGCUUGACCGCCGGCGACCGAGAGAGGCAAGCGUCA